CUGUCAGUUCCAGUUGAUCAUCUUCAACCGAACAAUUCGCAUCAAAUAUAGUGUAAAAAUAAAGUGUGCAGGUGCCUGCAAUUGCAAUUGAAACAAAUAAUUUUCGACAAACAAAGUAUUAAUAGAAAUGGCUGCCAACAAGCUGUGCUGCACUCUGGCCAUUGGCGCUUUAUUGUGCCUGGGAUUUGCUGCUCUCAUUCAAGCCCAGGAUAAGCCGGUGACUGAUGUGUGCCUAGGAUGUAUCUGCGAGGCCAUCAGUGGAUGCAAUCAGACCCGGUAUUGCGGUGCCGGCGUCUGUGGCCUGUUUCGCAUCACAUGGGCCUACUGGUCUGACGGAGGAAAGCUGACCUUGGGCAACGAGAGUCCCCAGUCGGAGGACGCUUAUGCCAACUGUGUAAACGAUCCGUAUUGUGCAGCCAACACGAUCCAGAAUUACAUGACCAAGUUCGGGCAGGAUUGCAAUGGAGACAACUCCAUCGACUGUUACGAUUAUGCCGCCAUCCACAAACUGGGCGGAUACGGAUGCAAGGGCGAGCUGGGCUACCAUUACCAAACUCAAUUGACCAACUGCCUCAAUCAGUUCCAGCCUAUUGAUGUUCGCACUUCUGGUUAAUAAUCUUGCUAUGUAACCCCUAAAUUUAAUCUAAAAUUUAAUAAUUUAUGGCAAUGCAUUUGACUUCGAUUGCACAAUCGAGAUUGAAAAUAAAAUGAUAUUAUAAAAAAAA